CCCUCCCUCGGGAACGUCCCGGCCUCCUCCGGCCCGGCCCGGACGCGGAGCUGAGGCUCUGGAGCGCGCCCAGCCCGCCCGUCCGCCGCCGCCGCCCGGCCCUGCGGCCCCCCUGCCCCGCGCUGCCGCCGCAGCCGCCGCCGCACGGCGCGGGCCCUGCGCUCCGCCCCGGCCGGGGCCGCGGGGGCGCUCGGAGUCCCGCCCGCACGGCGCGCACACACACACAGGGACACACACACACACACACCGGGACACACGGACACACACACGCGGGGCACCGGGACACAGACACAGGCGCACGGAGGCGCACCCCGCGCCGCAAACAUGGCGCUGGUGCCCUGCCAGGUGCUGCGCGCCGCCAUCCUCCUGUCCUAUUGCUCCAUCCUGUGCAAUUACAAGGCCAUUGACAUGCCCGCGCAUCAGACCUAUGGAGGCAGCUGGAAAUUUCUGACCUUCAUAGACCUGGUUAUCCAGGCUGUCUUUUUUGGGAUUUGCGUCUUGACUGACCUGUCCAGUCUUCUCACUAGAGGGAAUGACAGUCAAGAGCAAGAGAGGCAACUGAAAAAACUCAUUUCCCUCCGUGACUGGAUGAUGGCUGUUCUAGCUUUCCCUGUGGGAGUGUUUGUUGUGACGAUGUUUUGGAGCAUCUAUAUCUAUGACAGGGAACUGGUUUACCCAAAGCUGCUUGAUAAUUUUAUACCAGCAUGGCUAAAUCACGGAAUGCACACAACAGUUUUGCCCUUUGUAUUAAUCGAGAUGAGAACAACACAUCAUCAGUAUCCCAGCAGGAGCUGUGGACUGGCUGCAGUGUGCACCUUCGCUGUUGGCUAUAUUUUAUGGGUGUGCUGGAUUCACCACGUUACAGGAGUGUGGGUGUACCCACUUCUUGAGCACCUCAGCCCAGGUGUCAAAAUAAUCUUUUUUGCAGCCGUUACCAUAAUAAUUAAUGUAUUCUACUUGGUGGGAGAAGUCCUGAACAACUACAUCUGGGAUACGCAAAAAUGUAUUGAAGAAGGUAAAGAAAAGCCGAAAUCGGAGUGAACCAUAAGAGGCAACACAGAGGAUUGUUUAUGGCUGCGUGGAAGAUUUUUCAUCCCCAACAGAGUUUGGCCUGGAGAGGAAUCUUUUAUAAAGGAAGAAGUUUCAUGGGCCCCUUUCUCAGUGCAAGGAUAUUUUUGGAUUUUCUAUGGGGGGAAAAUGAUUUUAGCUAAGAAUAAUAUCAAUGUUUGAACCUUCAAUUUCUCCAAGUUUGCAUGUGACAUACACAUAUAAUAUGUAUAUUUAUCUCCAAGGCAUUCUCAACAUGCAUUUCUUGAAUCAAAUAAGUCAUUUAACCAUUAAGUCAUUAGAUCUUUUUACUUCUGCCAAGAAAAACAAUGAGUCCAUUCUCUGUACUGUUUGAGAAAAGUUUAACCAGAUAGGUCUAAUACAGGGAAAGAAAACAAUCCCAUAUAUUUCAAAUUACAACAUAGGAGUUAAUUGCAUGAAUGUAUCUAAAGAAGAGUUCAGUCUGACUGAAAUAUUAAUGUAACGCUAUAUAACAGCUGCCUUAAAUUUGUUAUGUUAAUAAUUUUACCAGUCCAGUGAAAUCUUAUUUGCAGUGUUAAGAUCUUAAGACGUAAAUAAAGAUUAAAUUAUCCUUGCA